AUGAGUGCUGAUUACUUCCCUCCUAUUUCAAUCAAUCAUACAUCUAUGGCUGAGGCAGCACCAGUAACCAACGGCACCCAUAAUAUUGUCAAUGCAAAAGGUUCUCCUGCAACAUACAGUGCACCCUCCCGCGUCACUCUUCAUCUCGGACAUCUGCCAAGCAAGAAAGACAUCAAAGCACCGUGGCCGCGCACGCCCUCACGGGUUGACCCCAACAACCCACCAUGGCCGGCGUACCGUGGCUACCACGAGUACUCGUUCGCACACGCAACGAUGGGUGUUCGUUUACCGACCAUCCUUGGCAAAGCUAUAGACGACACCUCGCGGACUCUUAACGAGCAGUCCGCCGAAGACAAGAUAGUAGAUCUUGUAGAAUGUUUGGAGAGGAUGGACACCCUCAUGGCCGAUCUCAGCGGAAAUGCUAAGCUAAGACCAAUUAUUGACGACGGUGAAGGUGACGUUGCGCUAUGGAAUAAGGAAAUUGCGAAGUAUUUCCAGGGCAAGGAUUUCAUGAAUGCGCCUUGGUUGUUUGCCGAGGCUUAUAAGUACCGUCGCCUACAUGAGUGCUUCAGUGUAAGCAAGUACUGGAAAGACUAUGAUGUCUUCUAUCGUCAAAAGUGUGACACUUUUUCAAGAUCGACAGAUGCUGUCUUCGAGUUGUCUAUGCGCUUUGCUGAGCCUUUCAAACAGUCAGACAAUAUUUCAGACAAAGAGAAAGCAGAAAACGAGAGACUCAUGUUUUUAGAGUUGACUCAAGUGUGUCUGUGGGGCAAUUCGACCGACCUUUCGCUCUUGAUCAACAUGACGGAAGAACAGAUUAAAUCCCUUCAGUCAACUGGAGGAGAUCAUCUCGCUGCCACUGAAAAGAAUAUUCUCGGCAACCAUCUAAACCAGCUUUGGGAGACUGUCAAGGAUAAUGCUGGGUUUGAGUUGUACUGCGAUUUCGUGUACGCCGAUUUCCUCAUACAGAGCGGUCUGGCUAAGCAAAUCCGAUUCCAUGGCAAGCGCUAUCCAUGGUUCGUGUCUGACGUGACGCGAAAAGAUUGGGAGUGGUUACUGAAUACAAUGGUUUACGGGCACUUGUUCCCGAAAGCCUCCGAGGCUGAGCGAGAGUCGUUGCGUAGGCUCGGGGCUCGGUGGAAGCAAUACGAGAAAGAUGGCAGAUGGCAAUACGAGCAGCAUCCCUUCUGGUGCACUGGAUACACGUUCUGGGACCUUCACAGCGAAGCACCAGAUCUCUUCCUCCACCUGUCUCGCUCAGAUCUCGUCUUCUUCAAAGGUGAUCUGAAUCACAGAAAGUUGACGUAUGAUUGCGCUGCACCAGCCAGUAUUCCAUUCGACAUUUCGAUUGGACCGAUGGCGAGCGCUGCUGGAGCUCCAAAAAUUUGCAGUUUGCGGACAAUCAAAAGCGACGUCGUGGUUGGGCUAGGAGACGAUGGGGACGUCAUAGCAGAGAAGUUAGACAAGGAAGAGCCAGGCUGGAAGAUCAGCGGGAAAUACGCCGUUGUACUCCUGUCAGAAGGUCGACCGGGGGAGAAAGUGCGGUUCGCUUGA